AUGUCUGUAAAGUGCUUGCUGCUUCUGCAGUACGUCUGUCUGGCCGCCUGCCUCCACAUAAAAGAUCUAGAGGAUUCCGGAGACAUUACACACUGCGAAAACUACAAACGCUCCCAGAUUGUCGUUCUUGAAGACACCACCAGGAGGAGUCUUCGAAUUAACGUCACAGUACCACCACCUCAGAUUCAAAUCCGUCAGGCCUUCCGCGGCGAACGCGUUGCACUGCGCUGCUUCCAUACUCAAAGGGGCUCCAAGUAUGCUUGGUACCUCAGUGCUACAGCUCCGGUUGGUUCUAGUGUUCUAGCCAGCGAUCUAGUUCCCCUUCCUAUCAACAGCUGUUUCCAGCGUCGCUUUUAUAGCCACAAGGCAUUCGGUGUGGAGGUGGUGGAGGUUGUGGCUCAAACCGGAACCGUCGGCUACUUUACCUGUGCUGAAAAUGUUGGUGAGAGUCAGUGGAUUCAACGUGGAGUCUUCCUCAUCCUUCUCUACCAACAAUCAACCGUUGUUCUUCAGGUGGAUCUUGCUGCCACUUCUUAUGUCAGUUGUGAAGCGGCCUCGAAUCCACUGUCUUUCGCAAAGAUCUCCUUCGGUAGAUACGGUGUUCCGCAGACCAUAACAGCGGCAGAUCCUGAGUGUGUACAAGAAUCAAAGACCUGGAGUUGCAUCAAGUUCAUAGGACAAUGGGAUGAGUAUGAAUGGAAAAGGAAACAACUGGAAAGAACAACUUCAGGAUUCAUUCACACUGGUCCGCUUGAUCGGACAGUACGGUUGCGAUUCGAACAGAUUCAAGUGGGUUUUCGGUUAGAUUUCGUCCACUUCAGCAGCGAGAAUGACUACCAUCCAAAAACGUUAAACAGUUUUGAGAUGACACAGGAGAGCCUUUGUGUUGAAGCUCAUCAAGUCGGCAGGCGAUUUAAUUGGAUGGUGCUGGAGGUGUAUCUGGGCUAUGCUGAGUUGACCGGUGGAUUUCGCAUACCUUUCAAAGAAGCAUUCUCCCCGGGUGACCUUGACAUUCUUGAUGGUUUGCAAGUUCACCAGAGCGGGGGAGGCUCUUUCAGGACAGUAUUCCUGGAGGAGGCGUUGGAUCCCCAGGCCGUUCUAGACCGUGCACCACUGGUUCCUUACGAGGACGCAUCACCAGCACCACCACUAAGACAUUGGCGAUCACAUCCAUGCGGACCUCCGCUGACAGCAAUUGGGCACGGCUUUGUGUCAACCGUGCACAACCAACUUUGCACGCAAAAAGCGACUACCUUCACCACCGUUCUGAUUGGUGACGUAGCAAAGGUGCCUCGUGGCAGUGGCCUAUCAAUCAUCGUGAAGGUGAACUCGUUUUUAAUGAAUCGACAAACUUUAGAAGACUUCUAUCUCCUUCGGUUGAUAGGACGGUUGGUCAGGGUUAAAAAAUCGACCCAACCGAAGGUGGAAAUCGCGGAGCUGCUGACAAUUAGAUGGAACAGUAGUGAAAUUCAGUGCACUACCUAUGAGGGCAACCUUGCAUAUCACAUAAAUUCGACCUUGAGAAUCCCUUCCCUCGAAGAAAAAAAAAUCAUCGAGAGCAGCUUGACAAUGCAGAUAAGUGAGGGCGGUACAUCUUUGUCGCUAAGUUUUACAGCUGGGAAGGACAAUUCGUCACAAUUUAUCGGACAUUUUACAUUGGCAACCGCUAUGGACAACGGCCUCGAAUUGGUCACGGAGGUACCUCCUCAAGGCGCCUGUAUCGAUUGCUUUGUAAGCCUUUACGUUGAUCGCAGGGGCGCAGCCUCCAUCCCCCUUAAGUGGCCAAUGAGCAGGAAGUCCGCUCCUCCCCUUCGACCAAUUAACAAUCGAGUUGCGCCAAUUCGGCCAAUGGUCGGGAAUCGACUUCAUUUCACAGCUUUUCGCACUUUUACACUCAGCUGGAAUGAAUCCGACCUAACCGACUCGAGAGAGGAUCUUCGUGAUUGGUUUGAGAGAAUGGAAUUCAAAACAGCCUCGGAGAAUGUGUCUAUCAUUUAUAAAAACUCAUGGCCAGUGUGCGCUGAGGGACAACACUUGGCCAUAGCGAACCCACCUUUUUGUGUGCCCUGUCCCCCCGGCACUAAGGCAACAGUCUACAAAGCCAUUGGUAAGGCCACGUAUGUCCCCGAAAGCAAAAAAGUUGACUUAAACACUCCUCACGCAAACCUCUGUGACCUCUGCCCCAAAGGAUCCUACCAACCAGAGCCCGGAGGUUCGGCAGAAGAUACCAUCCCUCCACCAGAGACGGGUCAGUCCACAAUACAGCUCCGAAGAACCAACACAAUUAGUACAGCCGGAGUCCUCUUCAUCUGCCUCUGCAUGAUCGGUCUGUUGGUCUGCAUUGUCUACUUCUAUCUGGAAGCCAUCGGCUUUAUGCUUGUGAUGAUAGCUCGAGCUCCCUACACAGAACGGACAGUUCAAAAGAAGCGACCUUCCCAAAUCUGCGAGCUCGAGAUCCUUCGACUUCAACAACUCUACCCUGACAUCGAUCUUCACGAGCUGGCGAGACAGGAGCUCUGUCGAGCCGAGAUCCUGGGUCUUCGCCUUCUCCAUCCCGAGAUCGACUGGGAUAAAAUUGUCUGCGAAGCUGAAGUACGUCGCCUUCACGACAAUUAUCCUUUCAUUCGUUGGGAGAAGAUUCUACGCACAGAGCUACCCUACGUUCUCCGCGCCAAAUAUCCUUUCAUAAACUGGAGUCAAAUUGCCGCUGAGGACGCUUGUGGAAGAGAGAUCGACCGUUUGAGAGCAGAGAACCCUGAGAUGGAUUGGACUACAGUACUGUGUGAGGCAAGGAUUGAAAGUCUCCAGAGAAAGUUCCCCUGUCUCAAUUGGAGUGGUAUUGUGUGUGAAGAACGAAUUCGAAGACUGCGCUCCGCCUAUCCGGAUGUCGAUUUCGACCAACUGGUCCGAGAUGAGUUGUGCGAGGCGGAGAUGGAACAAUUGAAGCGACAACAUCCCGAAAUUGACUGGCAGGCAAUUGUGUGUGCGGAGCGGGCCUUGUGGCUGAAGGCUCGGCACCCAAUGGUGCGUUGGGAGAACAUUGUGAGCGAGGAGAAGGUUGUCAGACUAAGAAAUCUCUACCCGUGCAUUGACUGGUCCAACGUAAUUCGCAAUAACUUGUGUGAAAAAGAGAUCGAAAGUCUUAAAAAGCGAUUUCCACGACUAGACUGGGAGAGCAUUGUACGCGGUGGGGAUGCAAGCAUGAAGCGAUUGUCAAAAACAGUGGCAAUCGAACGAUUGAAUAUGCGAUUUUCGGAUGUCACCUGGGAGAAUGUAAUCACAGAGGACUUGAGUGACUGUGCGAUCAAACGUUGGAGGAGAGAAUAUCCCUAUUUCGACUGGAAUGCCAUCACGACGGCCAUAUUUCAACCCAUCACUCUAAAAUCGGUUAAUUUUAAGAAUCCGGAGGUGUGCAAGAGCUUUAGAGAACACGUAACGUGUCUAGAAGAACUCUAUCCCUGCGUAGAUUGGCGCUACUUCGUGGAGAAGAAAUAUGCAUCACCCUACAUCAACUGGGACUACAUCAUAAACUGCGAAGAAGGCGAAUCCAUGCAGGAGGGAGAAAAGCUUGACUCCGCGAUUAUUGAUCGACUCAAAUUGCGUUACCCUUUCGUCAACUGGAGCGCCUUCCAAAACAUCGGCGUGGAGAAGAUGAGACGUGAGCAUCCAUACAUUCACUGGACCGUCGUCCUGGAAGAGAACGACCUUUGUGAAGGUGAAACGUUUGGCCAAGGAAACAUUGAACCUGUAACCCUUCCAGAGGUUUCACCAGUUGUUCCGAAGAUGGAGAAGAGGGUAAAAGGGUCCAAGGUGACAGCAGAGCAGGAAAUACUUCGAUUAAGGCUCGAAUAUCCGCAUAUUAACUGGGAGAAGGUGAUCGCUAAGGAGAGACGACGGAAAAGAACAGAACACGACCCCCAACGUGGGGAUUGGGAACAUCCUAGCAUCGAAAUUCCAGCUGAAACGAAGCCAUCUGACAAGAUUCGUGGCAGCGUUGAAAUCAAAAGUGAAACAAUAAACCCCUCCACUGAGGUAACGGAGAUUAAUCGCAUGCGAAACCUCUACCCCAACAUUAACUGGACCAGCGUGGUAGAACACGAGCUUCGGAAACGACGGAGAGAUGGGGAGAAAAAGUAG